GGGGACAGCGCUGUCGUCUGUCGCCGACACCGCUGUUUUUCUUUCAGGGGAUACGACGGGAAAUCCGAUCUUCACGUCGGAAUAACCAACAGCAACGGCAUGGUGUAUCACUACAACGAGGAAGGCAUUCACAGAGAUGACACUGGAUGGGAACAGUGCAUUAGUAUCCCACUAGUACCGCCAGACAUGUUUGGGCUUCUUCAGCAGUGGGAUAAGCUCCUGGAGGAAUUUUCUGCAGGAGAGGCGUGGCUUCCUCACAGGUAUGAAGAACAUGACCACAACUGCUACACGUACGCGCUGGCAUUCAUUAACAGUGUCCUGACGGCACAAGGAAAACGGCAAAUGAGUAAAAGCGAAUUUACAGAGAAAUUUGUGAUCCCACAGACAAAGAAAGCUUCCAAAUACAUCACUCUGCAUCAGGAGCUAACGGCUAAUGAAUUCUACAUUGUACCCCUUCCUGAUGGAGAAAACAGUGCUGAACAUGACAAGCUACUGUCCUAA